AUGGACGGCGAUAACGUCCGGCGGACCUGUUCUGCAGCUGACGGACCUCGUCUGCCCCCCAAGCUCCUCCUCCAAGUCGCCACACACUGCGAUGAGGUGACCGCGCUUUCCCUCCGCUAUUGCUGUAGCUGGCUUUAUCACCAACCACCCCAAUUGGACCAAGUUUUUGUGCUUGCCACCGCCACUCGUUGUGAGGACCUGGCGCGGCGCAGUUCUGACUCGGAAACGUUACGGGCGCGCUACGACUUCAAGGUCGGCGUCUACAGACGCGAUCCCACCCCUCUCCUCAUUGCAAUUAAUGGCCCGUGGGAAGAAUCGUUCCUUCUGGCGCUCCUUCGUGUGCUCAUCUCCAGGACACCCGCGGACAAGGCGCAAGACAUGGAAGAUGCCUAUGUGGCAGGCGUACACCUUGGUCGGCCCGUCAAUUUACUUCGAUUACUGGUCGAGGCCGGUACCAAAGACGCUGAUCCUCACCAAUAUCAUUACUCUUAUGGGGACGAACUCCUUGACUCGCCUCUUCGCCAUGCUUGUGUGACCGGUAACGUCGCCCUCCUGCAUUUCAUUAUUCAGUACCAGGAGGAGCAUUACCCGGAGCAUUACAAGGAGGAGGAUGACACCACCAUUUUGAUACGGCUUAAGGGGCUGGUCGUUCAUUCUAUGUACACCCUUUACAAGCGAUCCAACGACCAAAGGUCGGCCAUGCUGCGCACCAAGCUUGACCUUUUAAAGAAUCGAAGCUCAGGCCUCCGGCAGACCACCGCCACGAAAACGGACCCGGAUCACAUGGCGACGCUGGACGCGAUCAUGGAUGCCAUUGCCGAACUCGAGUCAGUAAGCGAGCAAAUCCUCGGCCUCCUUCAAUCGCAUGUCGACCUCACCGAGAGACUUGAGAGCCUCGCUGCUCAAAUUCUGGACGAGCUUAAAUUACAAGAAGAUCGGGUACGCAUCAGGGCAACCUACCGGGACUUUGUGGGACAGCUACGUGUGACGUGGAACCGUGUCAAGGAUAAGCUGGAGGUGGAGGCGCGGCGUCAGAAGUUGGAAGCCGGAUUUCGGGGGCUAUUUGCGGAGACGUUCGAGCGGGUACUGGGAGCACGUGGGUUGGAGAGAAAGGACUUCGAUACGGUGAUGAAGUUCAAGAAGGAGGCUGCGCAGUCGUUUCACAGUGGGGAACUGGACUUGGAGACCGCUCAAAAGCGGUUGAGGACGACUUUCCACCCGACCUGGCGGGCUACAAGCCGUAUUUAA